AGCCUCUCUCUCCUGUCUCCAGCGGCUGGCUGGUCUAUAAAAACCCGGUCGGCCGCUGGACGCAAAGCAACUCUUGUUUCCCACUUCAUCUCGACCGGUGCUGAACGUGUGCCAUCGCCACCCUCCCCCAUCAUCAGCACCACAUCACUCCGAUAUCACAGACUUGUCUUAUCACUUGUCUCCGCCAGUUUAUCUAUUUCACCUCCUCCAAUUGUUGGUUAGACUUUCUCUUGACUGUAUAGUAGCCACCAUUUGAACAGGAGGAAUUUGCUACUAGUGUCCGCAUCACAGCACAGCUGUUGGAGCACCAUCUGCCCAUAUCUGUCAACAGGAAAUCCACCCGAGCGCCAGCAGCAGCAGCCAGAAACUCUGCGUUGCUGUUGUCCAGUUUUUCAAAGCAGCUGAAGCGGUGAUCUUCCAACCAAACUCGAAAGACAAAUAACCCUAAUCUAAAGAGAAGAAAUAAGAAACGAGCACCAUGUAUUUAAUCUUGGUACGAGCCGCCUGGUUCAUCGUGACGGGCCUCAUCAUGUCGUCGCUGGCCAUGGGCAGAAUGACGGGCAACAACGUGGACGGCAAUGAAAUCAACGACAUUUUCCAGCCAUUGCCAGAGGAGACCAAGCUGCCCGUCUGCGCUGGCAACACGAUAUGCGCCUAUCUGCAGGCCAACGCCCGGGGAAUCAACACGCAACCAUUGUGCUCCUGCUCAGGUCCCACCCGAUGCCCGUUGGUCUGGGACAACGAGGACGGACAUUCAAUCACUCAAGGAUCAGACCAGUACAAGUAUUGCCGUAAAGCGCCCACACUGCGCACCUGCCAGCGAGGAAUGACGGCCUACACGACGGUGAGCCUCAUGUCCAAGUCGACGGGCAGGAUGCUGUCGCUCAACGACGUCAAUCACUGCAUCUGCCCCGGCCAGAGCGCCAACUACGACCUCGUCGACAGCCAGUUUGACGACGUCGACGACGACACCGAAUCCAUGUCGACCACCUACGUCUGCAACGCGCUGAAGACCUGCGGCGGGAGCGAGGCGUGCAAAGUCAUCACGGAGACUGCGACGACAUUCCUGGUGAACCCAAAGUGCCGCUGCGCCCACGACGGAACCUGUCCGUCCUCUAGCGCCGGCCUCGUCAACAACAACGGCGGUCGCAAAACGGAAACGGUCCGAUACGGAAACGGAGCUCUUCACAUGAUCUACUGCCACUAGAUGGCCGUAGGAGACGGACGGAUAAGAGCACAAGUAAUAAAGAGUCAACAACAACAACAACAACAACAACAACAAUUAAUUAAUUAUUAUAUUAUUAUGUAACAAAAUAAGAAACAAAAAAGAAAUCUCUUCUUUCCUUUUCUUCGUUGUUUUCCCAUUUGUUUGGUUCGGUUUUUGUUGAUCGGUUCGUUCGUUUUAUACUUUUGAAUCACCGCUGUUAAGGAAGAAUGAAUUAAAGCGCUCUCUCAACUCUAUAAGGUUUUAAAAUUCAAAGAAGAAGAACUAAAAAAAAAAAAAAAAAAAAAAAAAACACACACACGAUUUUCCCACAUCUCUCAUGUACAAUAAAUAUUACAAAGCCGAAAACAAAAAAAAGGGGGCGAUCCUCCGAGAUCCCGAUUCCUUUUCUCUAUCUCCCCGUUACGUGUCUCUUCCGUUAUUAUGUUUCCCAGUGCUGCUGCCCACACUGACUGGUAGAUGGUGUGUUCCCGUUAUUCUGUAAACUAAUUCAAAGAAGAAACAAACCAAAAAAAAAAAAAAGAAGAAAACUAUUCAACCGGAUAUGUUUUAUUGGCCAAAAUUUGUCAAACCUUUUUCUCUUUUCUCUAUUCAACUCUCUCUCUCUCUAUUAUAUAUAAAUAUAAAUGUAUCACGGCAAAAAAUCAUUAUCAUCUAAUAUUCUUGAAUCGCAUUCCUCGCAGCAGCUCCGCUUGUCGCCAGCAGCGCCCACCCGCAACAAUCCUUCUCUCUUUUAUUCCCCCACCAGCACUUCCGCCACCGGCACCAUCGCGCCAGCAGCGUGUAUUUGAGCAGCAGUCCCGGUGAUGUCCUUUAAGUCGUAGAUUUGACAUAAAAUAACUCAUUAUAUUAUAUUCUCUCUAUUAUUAUUACAUACUUUGCACACCUGGCUAGCUAUACUGCUGUGUAAAACUACAUCUGUAUACAUUGUUCGGUCGGUUAGCUACAAACUAUUUACCAAUUCUUGUUCUUUGUUUGUUGGUUUUGGUGUUUCAUCCCUUCAGCAUCAUCCCCAUCCAGCACUCCGGCCCACUCCUUAUAUUCCUUUUUCUUAUUGUCAAAUCAUCAGGUAUAAUACUUACUACACAUAACAGCAUAUUUAUUAUAUUGUUUAAAAAGAAAAAAGACGCGCAAGGCGGUUUAUUCAGAACAAACGGGAAAAACACGUUAGGAAUUUCAAUGAAAAAUUUAAAAAAAUUACAAGAAACUAUGUAAAAGAAGCUAAAACAUUUCAGAAAGAGAGAGCAUUCACUAUAUAGCACAAAGAGAUAAUCGACUCUAUAGUAUUUAUGAAUUAAUCAUUCUGUUUGUGAUUUCUUUCUCACAUCUCUCGUCCAAACCUUAUAACCUGCUAUAUCAAACCUCUCAUUGGCUGUGUGUAAUAACAAUAUACGAUCGAGAGAGA